AAUUUAAAGACAUUGCGUCUCUGUUAUAACAAACUUGAGACACUCCCAGUUGAGAUAGGAGAGCUGUCCGGUUCAUUGCAAUUUCUGGACUUAAGAGGCAAUAACAUUUUAGAGGAAGGAGAUGGAAAAAGGACUCUGGGCAAGAAAGAACUGAGAGAGAUAUUUGAAGAUCGUGUUGUGUUUGAUGGAGUAUCUCACAAGGAUGAUAGUGAGUCAAUUAUUGAAUAA